AUGGUUCGGGUGGGGACUGUGAUGGCUAUGGCAGCCGUGGUGGCUGUGGUGGCCUUGGCGGCCGUGGUGGCCGAAGCGCGCGGAGCAGUGGUCGGCGGAGCGGACGACGCCCAGCAUGUCAUCGUGCUGAUGAUGGAGAACCACUCGUUUGACAACGUGUUUGGCUUCCUCCCCGGAGUCGGAUCGCUCUCGACAGAGGUGUUCAACUACGUCGAGGCCGGCAACAUGUCGUCGGAGCGUGUCAACGUCACCCGUGGCGCGCCGUACUGUGUCAAGCCUGAUCCCAUCCAUAUUGUGCCUGAUGUCGGCGAUCAAGUGACGGCGCCCAACUCGGCGUUUGGUCAUGGCUAUGCGCCUACCAUGGGCGGCUUUGUGGAGAACUUUGUCCGCCGGACCAAGGCCACGCGUCCUGCCGAGGUCAUGGCUGGCUACACGCCCGAGCAGCUUCCGGUCCUCUCGGCGCUUGCGCGCAACUUUCGCGUCUACACCCGGUGGCACUCGGCGGUUGCUGGCUCGACUGGCAUCAAUCGGCUGUUUGCUCAUGCCGGCACGAGCGGAUCGUACACCGGCGGUGAGUACGAGGCGCCGGGGCUCAAGCUCGAGGCGCCGACCCUGUUCGAGGCGCUCAUGGCCGAGGGCGUGUCGACCCGGAUUGAGUACGUCGACUUUUGCUCAGCCCAUGCAAUCAAGCCGCUCGCCGACAAGCACCGCCACAUCUUUUCGCGAUCGCACAAGCUGGAGGCGUUCUUCACCUCGCUCCGAGAAGGGACGCUCGCCAACUACACCUGGGUUGUCCCACAGCUUCUCCCUGCGCUUGACGCGUACCCGACCUCGAUGCACCCAUCCGGCGACAUCCGUGCCGGCGAGGCUCUCAUCAAGAACGUGGUUGAGUCGCUGAUGGCGUCGCAGUACUGGAACGACACGAUCCUCCUCAUCACCUUUGAUGAGCACGGUGGCUUCCAUGACACCGCCCCGCCACCCGGCCCGGGCGUCGGCUCUGGCCCGGUCCCGGACCCCAACCCCGACAUCGCGCCGCAUCCGUACACGUACGACUUUACUCGCCUCGGUGUCCGGGUUCCGACCCUCCUUGUCUCUCCAUGGGUCGACGCCGGCGUCGACGACACUCUCUACUGGGGCUCGUCGGUUCCGGCCACUGUGGCUGCCCACUUUGGGCUCACCUCGCCCCCGCUCACCUCGCGCAUUGCUGCCGCACCGCGCUUCAACGUCGACCUCAGAUCGUCGCCGCGCGCUCCUUCGUCGUAUCCCGCCGUCCUCCCGGAGCCUGCGCCAGGCCCCUACUGCCGCAUCCUCCGCAGCGAUCCAGCCUACGGCGAGGAGUUCCUCAGCAUGUAUCAGACCCUCCUCGACGAAGCCGGCAUCUGCCUCCCCGCGCACUCGCGCGAUGUCACCACAGCCUACCAGGCACACCAGUGGCUCUUAUCCGCCAUCGCCGCCUUGUUCGGCCAGUGA